UGUGUUCUGAGAAAGAAGGCUUCUCAUCUCAACCUGCUGGCUGUGUCAGUAGGAGGGGAGUGGAGAGGGGGAGUGUCCUGUGCAGGCCCAGGGCUGCUGGCAGCACCGGGGCAUGCUAGCUGGACUAUAUAUAUAACUGUGCAACUCUCUUCACUCUGCCUUUCUCAGUAACUCCUUGGGAAUCUGCUGCCUGCUCUCCUCCUCCAGUCACCACACGCUCAGCCUCAGUCUCCAGCCCCAGGAACACCCCGGAUCUCCUGUCUUCCCAACUCACAGGACUAGCACAAUGGCCCAGCAACAGAUCAGCUUCUGGACAAAUCGCUUCUGGACGACGCAAGCGCAGUUUAAGCUUUUCUGGAUGGGACAUGCGCAAUUUAAACCCGAAUAUAAUCGGAACAAGGCCGAGAUAGAAGAGGUGAUGGAAUGAACGAGUUCACUAUUGUUGCUUUUAUAAAUGUUCAUUAUUAUGAUUCAUUAUUUAAUUUGACCUGGAGGGGUUUUGGGUCUGUGAAUGGGAUAAGUUGGACAUGGCUUGAGUAACGUGUAUCCAUUAGAAGCUGAGUUUAUUACAUUCUUGGUAUGUUAAAUAUAUAGUUUUUACAAAAUAUGAAAAUAUUUUUCUUGUCAUUAAACCCUCUUAUUGUCUUAAGAAAUACUAUUACCUUUGGGUCACUGUGACUUGGGGCCAGUUUAUCUCAUAACUCAACUAAACCUUUGAACACAAAUAUACAAUUUGGCAUUCUACAGAUAUAUGUGUAGAAAAACACAACCAAGUAGUCCUAUUUAGAUAUGUAGAUAUACUCUCUAGUGUCCUUCAAAGGUAAAGCCAGACGAAUGUCAAUGACACUAUCUACCGACGGUGACCCACCUGGGUGACCCACCUGUUAUUGAACAUAUGCAACAAGAUAACUGUUCUGUCCUGUUUUGGAAAAGGUUUAGUGGUGUGACUCCAGGUGUUGCUGAUUGGUCAGCCCCACGCUUGUGACCCCCGAUAUAACUGUGACAGUUAUAUAAGUCCAUGUGAACGUGUCCACACAUCUACACCGCAAACCUCCGUUUUAAUAUUCUAUUCAGAUAGUGCUAAUCAGGAGAUAACAUUAUUAGAGGUCUGUUUUGUGAAUUGUGUAAUAAAUAUAUAUAUUUAUUAUUAAUAAUUUUGUUGUGUCUUGUGUUUAGUUCAUACGAGACAGGCAUCUUUAGUAAUUCAUUAAAAGUCAGAAUAUAAUGAAGCUUACUAGAUACUUAAUAUACAGUAUACUAGACAGAUACAUACUUACAUACAUGGAGAGGUUAGAGUUACGGUCAGAAUACAGUUGGUCAAAGAUUAGGGGGGAGGGUUGUAAAGUUGAUCAGAGAUUCAUGGUUGUGUCUUUGUUUUGAGGUCAUGUCCCCAGCCCUGCUGCUUUCACAGCACACAGGCUGGGUGCCCCCCGUGUGCGUUCAGUUGUUGUCAGUAACCGUGGCAACCAUGCUCUACAUAACCCUGGAUCUGAGGGCACAUGGCCACUCUGGCGAUAAGGCCCAGAGGGGAAUACUGGGAAAAUUAGUGGAUCAGAUAACGCAUGGCCUCUCCUCUCAGGUGGGUCAGAAACAUGUGAGCCACAGCCCAGCAUCAGCACUCAUGGCUCGGUGCAUUGUCCAACACACAUGCCCUGAGAGGCCCUAUCUGUGUAACACGCAACCCACACACUUACCUGAUCCCAUUCAUACUGACACAAACUUGCACUAUUUGACUGUCUGUCUGUGCGUGUGAGCGUGGGUGUGUCCAGAACCUCUCGGUCAGAGCACGUUGAAGGGGUGCAUGUGAUUUUUUUAGGGCAGUGGGAGGCAGGAGAUCCUUCGUGUUUGCCAUGGCAGAUAAGAGAUCCAGAAGGGAUCAGUGUGGAUUAAGUCCCUCCAUAAAAAGAGCAAUGGGCGCUUCUGGGUCCACGGAGACCUCUUUAUCCUCCAGAGAACUGCACAGGAGAGCAAAGUCCUCCACCAUCCCUGAGAAGAACAGACGUCCAAGCCAAGGGAAGAGAAGACAAGGGUGUUUGGAAGUCGGAGCAGAGUGUCAGUGAAUGGUGUGUCUGUGUGUGGAGACAGCAUGUUGGGUGUGUUCACCUGUGGGCUGCUGGGUGUGUUGAUGGGGGCCAUGGGAGUGGUGUGUGACUGCAUGCUGGAGAAUUACACCCUGCUCAUCGAGAAACAUGGAUGCGAUCAGUGUAUGGCGGUCAACACCACUAUCUGCAGCGGCUUCUGUCACUCCCAGGAUACCAACGUUAAGGGGCGGGUGGGUAAGAGCUACCUGAUCCAGCAGGGUUGCAUGCCCCACACUCUGGCCUAUCGGGCAGCCCAUGUGCCAGGCUGCCAACAGAACAUCAGCUCCCUGCUCUACUACCCCGAGUCCCGAAGCUGCCAUUGUGCCCGCUGCGAUGGACACACACACCACUGUGUCCACAGGCGCCAGGCCCACCCUAUCCCCAGCUCCUGCCCCUUCAGGCAGCCCGCGAGGAGGAACAGAACGCGUGCAGGCAAGAGGAGCCGUCCCUCCAAGAACUGAGGGCAGAUUUUGGAAGCAUUCUACCUCUUACUUACUGCAAGGAUACAUGGCUUGGGUUUACCCAUACUGAGCUAAGCUGUACUGUGUUGUAAACCUUUUGCUGGUAAAAUAGGUAUUUGGGUUGUAGUAUUGUAUAUUUAUGAAACAGUCUGUGUUGAGCCUUUAUUUGUACGUUUUGAAGUGUUCAGUUCUGAUAAAUUGGAGCUUGAUACACUGGCAUGUUUUUCAUUACAAUAAUAAUAAUAACAGGCAUUUGACCUGAACAGUGAAGCUUUAGAUGCAUUACAGUCCGAAGUAGGUCGUAUUGGUGAACCUACAGGGCUAGUGUAUAAAUGCCAUUUUGUAAUACCUUGAUUUUAAGACUGUUUAACUGUUAUCUGUUUUAAUUUAUAUCAAGCUCUUUGGUAAAGAAACUUUUAUGAUAUAGGUAACUCUUACAUGCUUUAAUGCAUUCACAUUGGCAAUAUUGUUUUGUCAUGUUGUGGUCAGCUAACAAGCAUUUAUUCAAUAUCAGUUGUGUUGAAAAUAUCAGUUCAUUAAAAUAAAGAUUAUUCUGCUGCACAUUAAGUUUAGUUAAAUUAAUUGAGGAUUAAUCCUAUUAAUUAAUAGGAUUAUUUAAAUGAGUAC